UUGCAUAAUGUUGGUCACGUUGGUAAGAUUGUAAUUAGCGUUGAAGAGGCAAUCGCAAAAGGGACACGAAGAAUCGUUGCACUCACUGGACCUGAAGCUUCUCGUGCGAUUCAUCGUGCCGAUCGCCUGGAGCAACGAGUGGAUGAAGCACAUGCCGAAAUUAGUGCUGACAAAACUAUUGCUUUGGAUAGAGCGCGAUUCAAAAUGGCGACCAGAAGAGUGAUCGAGUUAAUUGAGGAAGUGAACCAAACACAGUUGCCGUAUUGUCGCAAAGAAGCCAUCCGAGAAAAGGCAAAAGGCCUUCAGAAAGUCCUGGAUGCUCGUGAUCGUGAAGCAAAGGCAGCUGUUGCUGAACAGGUUUCCUUUACUUUGGCUAAAAGGCAGGAGCAUAUAUUUGCAUCUCCAAAAGAUUUCCAGGUAUUAGAUGGUGCUCUAAAAUCAAUGAAAAAAGCCUCUGCUACAAUGGGUUUUUCGGUGAACGACGAGACAGGCAAAGUAGUAGUUGUUGCACGUGUUCCUAAAGAUCUCGCUGAGAAAGGACUGAAAGCUUCGGAAUGGAUAACGGAAGUUUGCAGUGUUCUUGGCGGUCGAGGCGGGGGCACGGCAACACAGGCACAAGCAACAGGAACCAACACAGAAUCUGUGGACGAGGCUGCCCAGCUUGCUCUGAAAUUCGCAAAAGUAACGCUUUCCUAACG